GAAGAAUAUUAUCUUGAACAAGAAAGUGACAACCAUUGACCAAUCAUCUGGUGAUGUCGUCGUGGUUACUUGUGACAACGGCGAGAUCUUCAACGCGUCACGGGUCCUGGUUACUGUCAGUUGCGCCAUACUACAAAACAAUGGAAUUGAAUUUAUACCAGAUCUUCCUGAUUGGAAAAUCAGAACUAUUAACCGAUUUCGCAUGGCGUCUUACAGCAAAAUAUACCUUAAAUUUCCUAUAAAUUUCUGGGGAGACCGUGAAAUAUUAUUACGUCCCAGCAACCACAGGGGACGGUAUCCGAUAUUUACAAAUUUUGAAGCAAAAGGUUUGUUUCCAGUCGGAACAAAUAUUUUAAUGGCAGAACUUACUGGUGCAGAGUCUCUACGAGUUGAGGCUCUGGCAGAUGAAGCCAUAAAAGCCGAAAUCGAAACUGUGCUACGUGAAAUAUUUGGCGAGGAUACACCAAACGCAACGGAUAUACUCGUAUCUGGUUGGUCGCGAAAUCCCCUGACUUUAGGAGCAUAUUCUAUUUGGCCACCCGAAAUGGAGCAGGAAUGCUUCGUAAAGAUGCAAUCACGGGUAAAUAAUGUCUUUUUUGCCGGAGAAUAUACCAGUGAAGAUAAUGGUUUUGUUCAAGGUGCCCUCGAAAGUGGAGAAAGAGAAGGGAUUAAGAUCACCUUGUGUCGGAAUAGAAGCUCAUGUCCGCAUUGGCCUGCCAAUCAAUCUUGUUUUUGUGGCCCGCUAAUCAAUCUUGACCAUAAUACCGCGACGAUGAUAGCCGUAAAAUACAAACUAUUAUUCAUUUCAUUAUUAAUAUUAUUUACAAUAAAUGUGUUUGAUACUAUAGGCCUACAUAUACUCUAGAUUUAAAUGUUUGUAUCUUAUGUACACCCCAUUGGCGGCGGGAUGUUUUUCAAAGUUGGGGGCGGGGGGCAUUUCAUAAAGUCCAGUAUGCGAUCGAAGUGAGCAUUUACGCUGGGGGCCAGGGGGACGCCAAGCACCCCCGAUAGGGGUAUUUGACGAAAUUUUGUGAAUUUUAUUAGUUUUUUUCAUAGGCAUCUAGCUACACUGUAAUAUGACUUAAUUUCCAGUGGCGCAUCCAGGAAACCAAAAUAGAGGUGGCCCGAGGGGUACUUUCACAGAUGGAGGAUCUAUACCAUCCCAGCCACGAUAGUUCCGAAAAGAAUUGUUUUAAACUACUGUGUUUUUUUUAUGUGUACAUGUUACGUCUCAUAGGAUCGUCUUUGGAGUUCCUUUCAACUAUAGAAUUUUCUCAAUAUUUGUUGAAAUAUUGUUUAAAAAAGCUUUGUAUUUUUAUGGUCAUAAGGCUGAACCAUUCAAUUAAUGAAGAGCGUGUGAGGAGUUGGGAAGGAGAGGUAGGUUCUAGCCUGACAAAUUUACAAUAAAGAGUAAAGCAUUAAGGCAA